ACAUUAUACAUAGGCCACUGCUCACAUCGUGCUGUAGGCAAAAUAGCCUACCUGCCGUGGAAGUCUAUUGUUUUUAUUUGUAAUUUGCAACCAGUUCUAGUAUCAUCAAACGUUGUGUGUCUUAUAAAACACCGGUUUCUCGCACAUUCACUGGAGAGUUAGCGAGUGUUUGUGCGCUCGCGUCACCGAUUGGCCCAUUCUGGUCACAUGCGCUCAUUCUAGUCUAGGAGGGUCGCAGAGCAGCCCCCAUACUGAGAGCGACCGAGCAGAAACCAGAGGACCAUGUCUCCUGCUCGAUUGCUUUCUUAGAGAUAUUUUUUUUUGCUGUCAAGCUGAGGGAGGAAGAAAAAAAAGACUGUUUUUUUGUUCCACGACAUCAAGAACGGAGCGUUUCGUGGGACUUUCAACUGGUGUUUUGCAUGCUGGCAUGGUUCUGUCAUCUUUAGACAGAAGCGAUGGGUUUCCUUCAGCGCGAUCACACCCCGAUCCGGACUUGAGAUGGAUCUGGCUGAGAUCUGAAAUGAAUCUUCAGUAGUCUCCUCCAUCGACUCAAAUCGCUCCCCUCAAGAUUUUGCGUUCAAGGGCAAACUUAGGCUACUUUUCUUUGUUUUUUAAUUACCUCGAUUCCAUGGAAGAUGGGUGAAUGGGGAGGAACAACAGAAAAAGAUUUCCAUUGAAGCAGAUUUUGUUUGAUUUCCUCAACCAGCCUGUUCGUAAUAAUCACCAAUGCUCUGGCUGUGGUUUGGACCGGCGUGCUGGUUGUGAUGCUUCUCCCCUCCAUUUGCAUUGACACACGUUUGGAUUCUCCUUGUUGGAUCUGUGCGUUCCCAGAAUGGCUCGCUUCUCAGAAGAUCUCCCCAGCCGCUAUGGAGGAGGUGGUGGAGGCGGAGGCAGAGGUGGACCGGGCGGCGGGAGAGGGGGUGCCCGGGGUGGCGGUGCUCCAGGGGGCCAGAGGAUGUACAAGCAGUCGAUGGCUCAACGAGCCAGGACAAUGGCCAUAUACAACCCCAACCCUGUCAAACAAAACUGCUUCACCGUCAACCGCUCCCUGUUCAUCUUCCGCGAGGACAACCUCAUUCGGAAGUAUGCAAAACGAAUCACCGAGUGGCCUCCCUUCGAGUACAUGAUCCUCUCCACCAUCAUCGCCAACUGCAUCGUCCUCGCCCUGGAGCAACACCUGCCCGUCAACGACAAGACGCCCAUGUCCGAACGGCUGGACCACACAGAGCCCUACUUUAUAGGAAUAUUCUGCUUCGAGGCGGGCAUCAAGAUCAUCGCCCUGGGCUUCGCUUUCCACAAAGGCUCGUACCUGAGGAACGGCUGGAACGUCAUGGACUUUGUGGUCGUCCUCACCGGCAUCCUGACGACGGUGGGUGCAGACCGUGGUCUCGACCUGAGGACCCUGCGGGCAGUCCGAGUCCUGAGACCCCUCAAGUUGGUGUCAGGAAUACCAAGUCUCCAGGUGGUUCUGAAGUCCAUCAUGAAGGCCAUGGUUCCUCUGCUCCAGAUCGGCCUGCUGCUCUUCUUCGCCAUCGUCAUGUUCGCCAUCAUCGGGGUGGAGUUCUACAUGGGGAAGUUCCACACGACCUGCUUCACCAUCGACACCGGUGACAAGGUCACUGAUUGGCCGUGUGGCAAGGAGCCCCCGGCCCGGACGUGUCCCAACGGUACAGAGUGUAAGGAGUACUGGACGGGCCCCAACUUCGGCAUCACCAACUUUGACAACAUCCUGUUCGCGGUGCUCACCGUAUUCCAGUGCAUCACCAUGGAGGGCUGGGUGGACAUCCUCUACAACACCAACGACGUGGCGGGAAACACUUGGAACUGGCUGUACUUUGUCCCCCUCAUCAUCAUCGGCUCCUUCUUCAUGCUCAACCUGGUGCUGGGUGUCCUAUCAGGGGAGUUUGCCAAGGAGAGGGAGCGAGUGGAGAAGAGACAGGAGUUCCUGAAGCUUAGGAGACAACAGCAGAUAGAGAGAGAGCUGACUGGGUACCUGGAGUGGAUCUGUAAAGCAGAGGAGGUGCUCCUGGAGGAGGAGGAUGAGAAUGCGGAGGAGAAGUCCCCCCUGGAUGCAGUCAAACGGGGAAAGGUCAAAAAGGGUAAGAACGACCUCAUGAAUGCAGAGGACGGAGACGACCCCUACGCAGAUAUUUCAUCUGUUGCGCCCCCCGGCUCCCCGUUCGGCCGGGCCAGUGUGAGGAGCAGCUCCCGGCUGGACGGCUCCGCCUACCUGCGGCGCAAGGAGAAGCGGAUGCGCUUCUUCAUCCGGCGCAUGGUGAAGGCCCAGAGCUUCUACUGGCUGGUGCUCUGCCUGGUGGGCCUCAACACGCUGUGUGUGGCCAUCGUGCACUACAACCAGCCCGACUGGCUCACCCGGGCCCUCUACGCGGCUGAGUUCAUGUUCCUGGGUCUGUUCCUGACGGAGAUGUCCCUGAAGAUGUACGGCCUAGGGGCCCGCAACUACUUCCACUCCUCCUUCAACUGCUUCGACUUCGGGGUGAUCGUUGGCAGCAUCCUGGAGGUGAUCUGGGAUAUGAUCAAACCAGGAGCCUCCUUCGGCAUCAGCGUCCUCCGAGCCCUGAGGCUGCUGCGCAUAUUCAAAGUCACCAAGUACUGGAACUCGCUGAGGAACCUGGUGGUGUCCCUGCUCAACUCCAUGAAGUCCAUCAUCAGCCUGCUCUUCCUCCUCUUCCUCUUCAUCGUGGUCUUUGCCCUGCUGGGCAUGCAGAUCUUUGGAGGACAGUUUAACUUUGAAGAGGAGACGCCCACCACUAACUUUGACACCUUCCCAGCCGCUAUCCUGACAGUCUUCCAGAUCCUCACCGGCGAGGACUGGAAUGCAGUGAUGUAUCAUGGGAUUGAGUCCCAGGGGGGCGUGCGGCGCGGAAUGUUCUCCUCCGUCUACUUCAUCGUGCUCACACUCUUCGGAAACUACACCCUGCUGAAUGUCUUCUUGGCCAUCGCGGUGGAUAACCUGGCCAAUGCGCAGGAGCUAACCAAGGACGAGGAGGAGCAGGAGCAAGCAGCCAAUAAGAAGCUUGCUCUGCAGAAGGCCAUGGAGGUGAAGGAAGUCAGUCCCAUGUCUGCCGCCAACAUCUCCAUCGCCGCUUUUGUAAAGCAAAAUCGAGACGUGAUCUCUCGCAGGUCCUCCAUCGUCAGCGUACAAUCACCUAAGGAGCAGCACCGCUCGGCGCGCUCCAUGUCCGUGUGGGAGCAGCGGACCAAUCAGCUGCGGCGGCACAACGUGCGCGCCAGCAACGAGGCGCUCUUCAACGAGCUGGACCCCGAGGAGCGGCUCCGCCUCACCGCCGCGCUGCACCUCAACCGCCCCGACGGCCACUCGCACCUGGACCGGCCGCUCGUCGUCGAGGGCAACAACGGCGGCGGUAAUGGCGUUGGUGGUGGUGGCGGCGGCGGCGGCGGUGGCGGCGGCAGCGGCGACCCCAACCAAAGCAGACAGCCGUCGCCAAGGACGCCCGACGGAAACGGCAAGAAGGAGGCGGCGACGGCGACGGAGGAGGAGGCACGCUCCAGGAAACACCAACACCGCCACCGCGAGCGGAACGGGGACGGCGGCGGGAGGGAGGGGCGGGGGGAGCGGAGGCACCACCGCCACCACCGCCAGGGGGGGUCGGCGGAGGAGGUGUUCACCCCCAGCGACCUGCCCGGACUGGGCGGAGGAGGAGGGGAGCGGGAGCCGCCCCACCACCACCACCACCACCACCACGCCCACCGCACAGCCCGGGAGGGCAACGGGGCUCUGGCCAACGGGGGGCGGGGGAGGGGCCCCAGGGAGGGAGGAGGAGGGGGGGAGAGUAACGGGGAGAGGAAGGGGCGCUGCUCUCGUAUGCUCCGAGCUCAGUCCACGAUGGACGUAGACGAGUGGAGGCAGAACGGAGCCAAGACACACCGGGAGCGUCACGCGGACCCGGGCCUGGACAGCUCGGCCUCCAGCCCCAGCCAGCUGCUGGGCAGCGAGCUGAGUUUGGACGAGAAGCAGGAGGACGCCGACAACCUGAAGAACUCCAGCCGGGCCAGCCAGGCCGGCCUCAACAGCAACGCCGUGCACAUCCCCGUCACCGUCACGGCCCCCGGGCCCGGAGAGACCACCAUCAUACCCAUGAACAACAUAGAGUGUGAAGGUUUCUCGUUCUCAUCGGAAAAGAAGGAUCUGGAGGAGCAGGAGGCCAACGGGCCCAAGGGCAUCCUGCCCUACAGCUCCAUGUUUAUCUUUGGACAGACCAACCCGAUCCGACGUCUCUGCCACUAUGUGGUGAACCUGCGGUACUUUGAGAUGUGCAUCUUGUUGGUCAUCACGAUGAGUAGCAUCGCCCUGGCUGCUGAGGACCCUGUGCAGGCUAACGCGCCGCGCAACAAUGUUCUCAAAUACCUGGAUUAUGUUUUUACUGGAGUCUUUACGUUUGAGAUGGUGAUAAAGAUGAUCGACCUGGGACUUCUCCUCCACCCGGGAGCCUACUUCAGAGACCUCUGGAACAUCCUGGACUUCAUCGUGGUCAGCGGAGCGCUGGUCGCAUUCGCCUGCUCGGGGACCAAGGGUAAGGACAUCAACACCAUCAAGUCCCUGAGGGUCCUCCGAGUGCUGCGUCCCCUCAAAACCAUCAAGAGGCUGCCUAAGCUCAAGGCGGUGUUUGACUGCGUGGUGAACUCUCUGAAGAACGUGCUGAACAUCCUCAUCGUCUACAUGCUCUUCAUGUUCAUCUUCGCCGUCAUCGCCGUGCAGCUGUUCAAGGGAAAGUUCUUCUACUGCACCGACGAGUCCAAGGGCCUGCAGAAGGACUGCAGGGGUCAGUUCCUGGACUACGAACGGGAUGAGGUGACGGCCAAGACCCGGGAGUGGAAGAAGUAUGACUUCCACUACGACAACGUGCUGUGGGCCUUCCUCACCCUCUUCACCGUGUCCACCGGUGAGGGCUGGCCCAUGGUCCUAAAGCACUCGGUGGACGCCACCUACGAGGACAAGGGGCCCAGUCCGGGCUUCCGCAUGGAGACCUCCAUCUUCUACGUGGUCUACUUCGUGGUGUUCCCCUUCUUCUUCGUGAACAUCUUCGUGGCCCUCAUCAUCAUCACCUUCCAGGAGCAGGGGGACAAGGCCAUGGCGGAGUGCAGCCUGGAGAAGAACGAGAGGGCGUGUAUAGACUUUGCCAUCAACGCCAGGCCCCUGACAAGGCACAUGCCAGAGAACAAGGAGUCGUUCCAGUACCGGAUGUGGAAGUUUGUGGUGUCCCCUCCGUUUGAGUACGCCAUCAUGACCAUGAUCGCACUCAACACCAUCGUCCUCAUGAUGAAGUUCUACGGCGCCCCAGCGCCCUACGAGGCCAUGCUGAAGUACCUCAACAUCAUCUUCACAGCCCUUUUCACCCUGGAGUGUAUCCUGAAGAUCAUCGCCUUCGGACCCCUGAACUACCUGAAGGCGGCGUGGAACGUGUUUGACUUUGUGACGGUGCUGGGCAGCAUCACGGACAUCUUGGUGACGGAGUGUAAUACGGACAAGCUGAUCAACCUCAGCUUUCUGAGACUGUUCCGGGCGGCGCGGCUCAUCAAGCUCCUCAGGCAGGGCUACACCAUCCGGAUCCUGCUGUGGACCUUCGUACAGUCCUUCAAGGCACUGCCCUAUGUCUGCCUCCUCAUCGCCAUGCUGUUCUUCAUCUACGCCAUCAUCGGCAUGCAGGUGUUUGGGAACAUAGAGCUGAACGAGGCCACCGCCAUCCACUACAACAACAACUUCCAGACCUUCCUCCAGGCCUUGAUCCUGCUGUUCAGGAGUGCGACGGGGGAGGCAUGGCACGAGAUCAUGCUGGCGUGUCUCAGUAACAAGCCGUGUGAUAAACUCUCUGCCACCGUCGGACACGAGUGUGGAAGCGACUUCGCUUACUUCUACUUCGUCUCCUUCAUCUUUCUCUGCUCCUUCCUGAUGCUGAACCUGUUUGUGGCGGUCAUCAUGGAUAACUUUGAGUACCUCACCAGGGACGCCUCCAUCCUGGGCCCCCACCACCUGGACGAGUUCAUCCGCGUGUGGGCCGAGUACGACCCUGCAGCCUGUGGUCGCAUGCCCUACCGUGACAUGUUUGAGAUGCUCCGAGACAUGUCCCCCCCGCUGGGCCUGGGCAAGAAAUGUCCGGCCCGCGUCGCAUACAAGCGUCUGGUGAGGAUGAACAUGCCCAUCGCCGAGGACAACACGGUGCACUUCACCUCCACGCUCAUGGGGCUGAUCCGCACCGCUCUGGAGAUCAAGCUGGCGUCUGGGGUCCUGGCCCAGCGCCUGUGCGACGCUGAUCUGAAGCGAGAGAUCAACCGCGUGUGGCCCAGCCUUUCCCAGAAGACCGCUGACCUACUGGUCACUCCACACAAGCAUAAUGAGCUGACAGUAGGAAAGGUCUACGCUGCACUGAUGAUCUUUGACUAUUAUAAACUGAAUCGAGCCAAGAAACUUGCGCAGCAUCUAAAUCUUGGACCUCCGGGUAAAAUGGGGAACCUGUUCCGACCCAUGCUGCCCCUGACCCACAUGGCAGUCAAAGCACCAACCCCUAGUGCCAAACCACUCCCGCCCAAGACCCAGCCCCCCCCGGACCCCCACCCUGAAGUCCCGCCCCCUACUACCACCACCCCCACUACCGUCACCACCGCCAACACCCCCACUACCGUCACCACCGCCAACACCCCAACUACCGUCAAUACCGCCAACAGCGCCACCAGCGCCAACACCGUCACCGGCUCCCUGGCCAAUAGGGAGGCAUUACUAAGCCAGAGAAGUGCCAUAAAGCAUUCACAGUCCGGGGACGUAUCGCAGACCGCACACCGGCCUGGCAGACGCAUCUUAAGGAGGGGACAGUCAGAAGACGUGUCAUACUCUGCCGAACCUCAGGAAUUGGUGGAAAUGAGGAGAGUGGAGGUCCUGUCAGAUGAAAAUGAGGAAGAUGACGAUGACGAUGGAUUUCCCCAGGAGGGCCACACCAGAGCUGCCUCCAUGCCAAGGCUCAAUGCUGAGCACUAUCGGAACCACCCUCGCCACGCCCCCGGGAAGCACCUGGCACCCAUCGUGGAUCUCAGUCCCAUCAGGCGUUCGGCGUCCUCCCUGAACCCCCAGCGCCCCCUGGAGGUCAACCUGGGGGAGUACGCCCUGGACGCCACCCUCCAGUCCCAGGACAGGGCUCCCCAGCACCACCACCACCACCGCUGCCACCGCCGCCGCGACAAAGACCGGAAGCAGAAGUCCCUGGACAUGGGCGCCACGGAGCGGUCGCCGGACACCCCCACCGGCGUGGCGGCGGACCCCCCUGAGGGCGAGACGUGGUCCCGGGAGCGAGCCAGGGAGCGGGAGCGGGCCGGGCCUCAGGAGGGGAGACAGCAGCGCUACUACUCCUGUGACCGCUACGGAGGGGGAGGAGGAGGUGGAGGAGGGGGAGGAGGAGGAGGGGGAGGGGGGGGAGCGGGCUCCAGGGAGCACAGCCACGCCAGGUCGGCCGGCCCCAGCCGCUGCACGUCGCCUGGGGAGGGCCCCGACGCUGGGAUCUACAAGCUGGGCGCCAGCAUGAACAAAGGCGGUCCCGUCGUUGUGACAACGCUGACCGCCGCCCGUGGGCGGCGACAGCUGCCGCAGACCCCCCUCACCCCACGCCCUGGGGUCUCCUACAAGACCACCACCCCCACCUCCACCUCCGUUUCCACCUUCACCUCCUCCACCACCACCACCACCACCGGAGGCCACCAGCACCACCAGUCCCGGGCCGGGGGCCAGGACGACGCUCCCCGGCUGCCGGUGACCAGCAUGGGGUCGGACCCCCACUGCAGCCACCCGCUGCCGGCGCCCUCCUGGGACUCCCCGGCCCGGCGUGGCCUCGUGGAGGACCCAGAGGACUACCAGGACGCUGUCAGCAACCACGGAGGACGAGGAGGGGGCGGAGAGGGACGACCCGCCAGGACCAACACCACCUCUUCCACCACCGCCUCGCAUUCAGGGACGGGGGUCCCGAACGGCUUCCACUUCACCCUGGGGGUCAACGCGGCGGCGGGCUCUGGUCCCAGAGGGGGUCUCAGAGACACCACGGAGGAGGACUGGUGCUAGCGUGUCGUCUGCACACACCGUGAGCAGGUGUUCCUGGGUCCAGCCCUGUGCCUGAAGACCCGCUGGUUAAAGGGGGUGUAACGUUGGAGUCAGGUCCUCCUCUCUGACCGAUGGGGAGGCAGGAGGAGGAGGCGACGGAGGGGACCACUGUACGCUCUGAUGAUUAACACUAAAGGAAUCAGAAAUACCAUUCCACUUUUGUAGUGUUACACGUUUCUUUUUAUACAAAAAUGAAAGAACAACUGAAGAUUUUACAUUUUUUCUACCCCUUCUCAUGCACUGGAAUGCACGUUUUUGUUUUGCAAAAAAUGUAUCAUUACAGGUGAAUAACUCUUCUGCCUUGGCCAGUGGAAUCCUUAUUUUACCCCGCGACAAAAGCCAAAAUAUGAACCCUAACACGUGAAGCCAGGGUAACAUACAUGAACUGUGAACGACAGGUGACGUUUACAAACGCAGAACCCGUUCGAAGGCCUCUAGCUCACAGCCUGCUUCCUCCUGGUGUAAAGUGAGCAGUUGUAAAUCUCAGUUUGACGGCGUUCGAUUCAACAUAAACAAUGUGCUCAGGCCAGGGUCCCAUCUGAUGGAGAACACACCUUCACCAAAGCCUGCCUGCAGGACAUCGUCUGAGGUUUCUCAACUGGACGUAGGUUUGAUCUAACAUAGCUACUGUGUGUUGUUGCCAGUAUUAAGCAGUUCCUAGAAAGAAAGUCUGGAUAAGUGUAGCUAGCGAAACUGCCGAACUCUCAAAACUUUUCCAUGAACGAAGAACAACGUCAGAAAAACGCCAACAAAAGAUUCUAGUUUACUAUGAACGGGACAAAACAGCUUGAGUACCUUUUAUGUUCAUGCUUUUUUUUGUUGUAAAUUGUAAUGUAUGAUGUACAUUUUCUGAAUGCAUUCAUGGAGUAAAUGGACCUUUUCCUGGAGUUAUGUGGCUGAGUACCAAGUGCCUUGCUUUUCAGAUAUAUUUAUUAAUAUAUUUAAUUCAAUUACAGCCCGGCUUUAAUACAGAGUCUCGUGAAGGUAUGGGGUAAUUGAGAAAAUAAAAUCACUGAUUAAAUGGUUAUGCAUAUAAAGAAAUUAUAUAUAUAUAAAUAUAUAUAGAUAUAGAGAGAGCGAAAGAUAUAAAAUAUAGUUGUAAAUACAAUUCAAGGUCAAAUGUUUAUUGAAGUUAAAUGUUUUAUUCGUCUUAACAGCCGCUCAAAUAGUUCGACCCUAAAAUGAGGUGCAGAAACAUUAGAUGACGUUCUUCUGAGUAGUAGGUAAAGCCAGACUACAGGUGCAUACUGAACUUUGAACUGCAUGCCAGGGUUAUGAACUUUGCAAAAGAUAGGUUGGAUUUUGCUCCAGGGUGUACGCUAAGCCUUUCUAUUUCAGACCAUGCUAUGGGUUGUGAUUACAGAAGGGGAGGGGGGUAUUAGAGUAAACAGAGUAUUAUGGUAUGCCAUUUGAUUUAUGGGAUGUUUACCCAAGCGAGCCUCCCUACAUGAAAAUGGCUCCAGUUCAAUCGCAUACCCUUGAUUAUUAAAUCCAGAAUCUCAUCUAUGUCACUUUAUGCACAGUAUAUGAAAACACAUUCUGGAUUUUUUUUGUUUGCCAUAAUUGUAACAAGUUCUGUUCUUCCUGUGCGUGUUUUCAUUUCCCGAGAGUAUUAUUUCAAGAGUUCAUUUAUUGCGUUAAGGUUUUGAAUCUGGGCCAUGUUCACAUGAGAAGAGGGAAGAAACAAAUAGAGUUGUCGUUGCUUACUGUUGAUUCAGAGGAGGGCUAUGCAACAACACAACAUAUAACCCUGUAGCUUUACCUGUCGGGAAUCCAGUAUUCAAGCUUUACCCGAAUGUGACCAAACUUUUACUGGGAAAUGUGUUUUGUUUGUGUGAGUGAAGAGAUGCAAAUGGAAGCAGUGUUACAUUGUUCUGUGGUUGGAUCAAAUACACACUGAGGCACAAAUUGUAUUUAAAAACGGCAUAUUUGAAAGACAAUUUUUUUAGAUUGAUGAGCUAAAUGCACGAGUGAAAGAAACUGCCCAAAUUAUGAAGAUUUUGUGUUUUGUUGAAUCAGAUCUUGUUUAAAACUAUUUUAGAAAUAGCUACCAGUGUUUGUCUCCACAUGUUUUGAGUACCAGAUAUAGCCUACUAUACUGCAGUUUUUAUAGUACCAUUGAAGCAAAUUCAAAGACCAAAAAAUGAUCUGUCCAAUUGAUCGUCUACAGAAUAUUGUCUGCCAACCAGACAUGUAAAAACAAAAAAUUAUUUACCAGUAUACGGUAUACCUUAACAUGAAAUCUUGUUUCUUUCCCGGUGUACCUAAUAAAAUAUCACAUUCAAUUUUUUUGGUCUUGUGCAUUGUGCCAUCUCUACCAAGUGAAUUACAUUUUUUAUUUUGACUCAAUAUGGUAUGGCAACCGUGGAAUGGAAGUGAAGUGGCAUUAUUGGUGAAAUGGAUGACAUUCAUAUUGUGUUCUACCUGUCUACUGGUCUAAAUGUCCCCGUUUGUUGGUGUAGCUGAGGGGGGAUGAUCUGUGUACAUUCCUAGGUUAUAGACACAACCCGAGCCCAUUAUUAAUUAAAACAAUCCGCCCCUUCAAGACCUAUACUGGAACAACAAGGUGCAACACAUUGUGAGAUGCACUGGUUUUACUGGUUUGUUUAGUUGUGGCUAUCCCCUGCCAGACAUGUCAUGUUUUUUGCAUGUUCUGAAAAAAAUAUGUAUGUGCAUGUUGAAAAAAGAGACAUUGUUUGACUUCACAGUCCAUGAGAUGUAUGUUCUGUUUCCUGGUUGUUUUUCUGGUUCAGGAAAAUAGAGAAAAGCUUGAAUAACGAUUUGAUUUCCAUAUUUGAGUGAAGAUGAUUUUAGGGUUCUCUCUUAAAAAGAGGUUGUGGAGAGGGUGACUCGGUUUGCUGCCUGGUCUGUUACACUUGGCUGUCCAUCCGACAGCCAUUUCUACUGUACCAUUCGAUUUUGUAUGAAUAUAGGUUCUUGAAUAAAGAGACAUGAUUAUGAAAAAUCUAAAAAAA